GGAUGCCAAUCUGAAUUCCAAACCCCAACAAUGAGCAUUGCCGUUGUCAGUUGCUCGACGAUCACGGAGUUUGUGGAUGACAAGAACACGUUUGAUAAAUUCGCGCGGGAAUGGCUUGCGGUGCUUGAUGAAGACGGCGACGGAGUGCUUUCGCAGGACGAUGUUCGCGGCGUAUUCCGCAAGUUAUUGCCAUUAGGUUACUAUCCCCGAGAAAAGGCUGAGAUUGAUGGGCUCUGCAGAUCGGUCUUCGAGAGGUUUGAUGAAGACCGAAAUGGAUGGCUGGACGGCAACGAGUUCAAGUCCUUCAUGACCGAGAUUAUGAAUGCUCUUGCUCGUGGCAUCAGUGGCUCUCCCCUCAUUGUUGUUCUUGAACAAGGUAGCUUCCUUUCCAAGGCUUUUCAGCACGAAUUGGCCAGAGAUUGAUCCCCUCUUCGGCCCGCCUCUCUUUAUUUCUCCUCCCCCUUUUCAUUUCAUUUUGUUUUCCCUCCGGCUUCUUUUAGUGUGCCGUCUUCAAGAUUCGAUUUCUUCUUUCGUUUGUGUUCUCGAUCUAGUUGGUUGAUAUUGGGGAAAAAGGGGGGGUCAACACAAAUUUGCAUAUCGACCUAG